AUGCCGAGAAGAAGAAUUAAAAUGGAAAUAAAGGAGGAGAGACCAGAUACACCAAAGACGCCAGUCACCCCAAUCGCACCAGCCCCGUUCGUUCUACCUCCCUUCGAUCUAUCCUUGGCUGGCACUUUCCAAGCAGGCCCACUGCUUUUCCAACAAUUCGCAGAACAAGCCCGACAUAUUUGGAAUGACCGAAACCAGCCAUUGAAUCCCGCUCUAUUGAAUAACUUUCCGAACUUACCGUUUUCCCAUAUCGCCGGAGUUCAUGCUGUUCAUCCUAUCGCAAUUCAAAAUAUCGCUGCUUUUAAACUCCCCGUGAUGCCUCUUUUUCAAUGUAGAGAAUCCGUAUACGAUCAAGUCAACCGAGCAUUCCAGGACGUCUUCUUUCGUCAGCCGGGUAUAUCCAUGGAAGAAUUGGCUCGUAUAAUCUUCCAAGUCGCAGAGAAAGCAAAACAGUAUUGCAUAUCUACGGGAGACGAUCUCAAUCUUUACUUGAAAGUUACUACCCUGUAUGCUUUAUAUAAAGAGGCUCGGUCCCGAGGUGCUCCACUCACCUCUGUUAGCCAGAUUACGAGAAGUACAGUCGAAAUGCUCAAACUACAGUGCCCUACAGAUGUGCUGCCGUAUUUCUCAGACCUUUCAUUGAUAAUCGGAAUCUGCGAACCACUGGAGCCGCCAAUGUGUGAGUGGAAAAAAGUGAAAAUUUUUCAACUUCAAGAGGCCAUAAUAAACACUAUUUAUGGUCAACUGCAAGGAGUACAUAGUGAUGAGCAGUUGCCAGCCUUGACGUAUCUUCCAUUCGUGGUUAGAUUGUUCAGAGAGUUUGGAUUACCAAUGAAUGACACUUAUCAAACGGAAAUUAUCGACCGACUGAAAAGAAACUUGCCUCACAUUUCGCCUCACUAUUGGGACGUGCUCAGCUCUGAAAUCAAAAUUAUGUUAAACCACGGUUGCAACCCUAACUUCCUUCCCGUUUCUGGUUAA